AUGAUAAGCCCUGUACAGGCUGCCGGGGUGCUGGGGUCGAGGCAGAAGAACUGCAACAGCUGCGUGCAGAUGAAAAGACGCUGCGACAGGCGGACGCCCGUCUGUACAAGGUGCGCCGAGAGGAAAGUCCCGUGCGUGUACGGCAAUGCCAAAGCCUCUCAUCGUACCGGCAAUCAAGGGAGGCAGAGUCACAGUCAUAUCGAAGCGUUACAUUUCGAUAGCCCUGAUGUCUCUCUUUUCGACAUCGACACGCCGUUCGAGAUAGGCUGUCUCGACAGCUUGACCGUGCCAACUCGUCCAGACUCACCUGGUCAUGCGUCUCAGACCAUACCAAAUGCUUUUGUCGGAGAAGAUGCUUCCAUAGAUGCUUUCAUGGAUUUUGUUGUCGAUGAAAACCCUCACCCCCCACAGCGAUGGCUUGUCCCGGCCAACGAGAACCUCACUAUCGAGCGUCCUGGUACACCAGCAGAUGAGGAGAUCAUGACUUCAUACCAGAAAAUGGCGUCUUUUUGCGAUGAUGUCAAGCCGUGGCAUCUGUACGAUCCAAAAUCGCCUCUCCACAGCACCGUCAACCGGGUGAAAGCAUUCACGAAGGAUAUGGCGACGCAGAAUUGCGCUCCCUUCUUGCACCGCUACUUAUAUCGAAUUCAAACACCGCAAGCUAUCCUCACAUGCUUCACGACUUGUGUGCUCUACGACAACCGCACCCCAGCGAACACUGCAAUGGUGAUGCGAGCACUAUACGGGAACGUCCGGGAGCUUCUUGACAGUGAAAUUGGCCGCACCACAGUGACGCCUACCGAGAGGCUCGCACGUACCCAGGCGCUAUUCAUAUACCAAGUCAUACGCCUAUUUGAUGAGAAUAUCACGUUGCGAUCGCAGGCAGAGAAAGACAUGCCUGUCUUGCAAGGCUGGCUCGCCGAGCUAUGCAAGAUACGUGACAACUUGGGCAACUUGGAAACCGAUACGGCCCGACACCAGAAUUCAGUAGAGUGGGAGAGAUGGAUCUUCGCCGAAUCCGUUCGCAGGACUAUUGUUAUGGCAUACUCGGUGAUUGUUCUGUAUGAAAUGAUGAAAGAUUCAGAAAAUGAUGAUGAUGACACGGGUGCUUGGGCCUAUACCCAUCGCUGGACCCUGUCUAGACCACUCUGGGAAGCCAGCUCAUCCUUCGAGUUUAGCCGUUUAUGGAAGGAAACUCCCCAUUUCAUCAUUUCCAACUACUCUUUCGACAGCUUUCUCAAGCAUGGAAGGGGCGAGGAUGUAGACGACUUUGCAGAGAUCCUCAUGACUGUGUACAUGGGAGUUGAUGAGACCAAAGAGUUUAUUUCGACGCGCUCAACUCAAAAAUUGGGGAAAUGCUGA